CGCCAUCUGAACCUCCGCCGACCAAAUAAUUGCUGCUUCCGUCUCCGACGUUUUCCCAUCACCCACUUUUCUUGAAUCUUGGGUUCUCCCCUUUCAAUUUUGAUCCAUCCAUCCAUAUAAAUCUGUAUAGAUUUACAUUCGUACGUGUUCUUUGUAUUCUGAUCUUAUCCACUAUAUAGAGAGGGAGACCGUACUCGACACCCCACCUCUCUCUCUCUCUAUCCUUGCUCUGUCUGACCCAUUAUUCUUCGCUUCAAUUUUAAUCUCUUCUUUUUUUUCGAGGGUUCUUCCGCGAUUUUUUUGGGUAAAGCGGAAGAUCGCUUCUUUUCAAUUGAUUUGAUCUAAUUUUUAUAAAUUUUUAUUCUUAAUCUUGGGAAAUUAUGGGGGUUUUGGUUGUUGAAUCGAACAGGGAUUUUAGUCGCCCUGAGGGAAGUUCUGCUGAUAAUGAUUUCAAAGAUAAGAAAAAGAAACAUCGGUCUAGAAAAUCUAAGCAGCCUAUAUCCGGCACUAGUUAUGAAAGUGAGAUUUGUGGGGAUUCUUCUGACUUGCAGGGAGAGAGCACUUCAUCAGAUCAUGUUGUUUUGAAUGGAAAUUGUCAACUGCCUGAACAAUACGACACCGUGACUCAUCAUGUGGGAGUAAAUGGGCAUCAUCAAGUGCCCAAAGAAGGAAAGGCAGGUGUAGACUUGGACACGAGUUUGUGUCAGUAUGCAAACGAACAUAUUGUGGAUGCACAUCAGCAAAAUCGGCAGGUGCACUCUUGCUAUGAGUCGAAGGAGGCUGCAGUUGCCAGCGAAGAUACUGUUGGACCUACCAUAGUGGCUAGGCCUAUUGAUUUCCAAGGACAUAGAAAAUGUUUUCCUCCGCAUCUAUCUAUGGAAGCUGUUUCCGAAGCAUUGAAGAGUGGUAAGUUAUUGAAAGCUGUAUUUCGUGUCAAUGCUCACAAUAAACUUGAGGCAUACUGCAAAAUUGAUGGCUUCCAAACUGAUGUUCUCAUUAAUGGUGUUGUGGCUCAGAACAGAGCUAUUGAAGGAGACACUGUUGCGGUAGUCAUUGAUCCUCCAUCUCUAUGGCCUAGAAUGAAAGGCUCAAAUGAAAUACCGAAUAGUUCAGCAUCUCAGAACAGUCGUCGUGAUGCCAUUGUACAUGUUCCAGAUUGUUCCAUUGUUGCAAACAAGUUGCAUCCUGAGAGUGAGAUUGUGUUGCCCAGUAAUGGCGAAAAUGGCCACGAGGACAGUAUGUAUUACGACUGUGCAUCAUCUUAUGGAGCACCGCCAGAUAAUGGUUUUAUGGGGGAAGUGCUAGAUAACACUUACGCUCGCGGCUGUGAACCUUGCUCACCUGCUGCUAAAGGGAAAUAUCAUAGUGAGUCAUGUGAUUCAGUAAAUGUAUCGGAAAAGUUGCGCUUCUUCACAACUCUAUAUCCAUCAAAACGUCCAACAGGUAGAGUUAUUUCUAUUAUUGAGAAAUCUCUUCGACGGGACAAUGUUGUCGGUUUUUUGAGUGUGAAACAGUGGAUUUACAACAGAGAGAAAAGAAAGAAUUCCAGGAAGAACAAAAUUCAGUCAGACCUCAGUUAUGGGUAUGUUUUUCUGUCGCCAAAUGAUCCUAAAUUUACCAAAAUGAUGUUAUCUGUAAGGAACUUGCCUGAAAGCCUAAAAAAGAGACUUGGAGCUGGUGAUACAACAAUUGAGACAGAUCUGGUUGCAGCAAAAGUCAUUGAUUGGUCUGAAGAAAGUUAUAUUCCAGAUGCAUCAGUCAUUCAAAUUUUUGGAAGGGGAAGCGAUGUCAAAGCUCAGCUUACUUCAAUUUUAUUUGAAAAUGCUAUAGAUGCUUCUGAAUUUUCUCCUGAAGUGCUUUCAUGUAUUCCCCAAGCCCCUCUAGAAGUACCACCGGAGGAACUACAAUGCAGAAGGGAUCAUAGAAAAUUGUGUGUCUUUACCAUCGAUCCUGCCAGUGCUACUGAUCUUGAUGAUGCAUUGUCAGUCGAAAAAUUAGCAAGUGGUGAUUUUAGGGUGGGAGUCCACAUUGCAGAUGUUUCGUAUUUUGUGUCACCUGAUUCAGCUCUAGAUAUGGAUGCACAGAUCCGAUCAACCAGUGUCUAUUUAUUGCAGCGGAAAUUGCCGAUGCUGCCUUCUGUGCUCUCAGAUAAUUUAGCAUCACUCAAUCCUGGAAUUGAUAAACUAGCGUUUUCCAUAUUUUGGGACAUCAAUUCUGCCGGUGAAGUUUUAGAUCGAUGGAUUGGCCGCACCAUUAUCCAGUCAUGUUGUAAGCUUUCUUAUGAUCAUGCACAGCAAAUGAUUGAUGACACCUUUGAUUUCAAGGAUUCAAAAAGUCUGAUGGUUAAUCAAUGGCCUAAAUUGUAUGGCAAGUUUGCAUGGUCUGAUGUAAUUAAAUCGGUGAAAACCCUCCAUGAAAUAUCAAAAGUUUUGAGGGAAAAUCGGUUGAAAGAUGGGGCUGUGUUGCUUGAAACCCCGAAAAUAUCCUUCUUGUUUGAUGAGGAAGGCAUGCCAUACGACAGUGUACUCUCUGUGCGGAGGGAUUCAAAUUAUCUUGUGGAGGAGUUCAUGUUGUUAGCUAAUAGAACAGCUGCGGAAGUGAUCACUCGAGCUUACCCAACUACUGCUCUCUUAAGAAGGCACCCUGAACCAAAUGCAAGAAAACUUAAGGAUUUUGAAGCCUUCUGCCAUAAACAUGGUCUAAAAUUGGAUACUUCAUCCUCGGAAAAACUCAACCGAUCUCUGGAGCAAAUCAAGAGGGAACUUUCACAUGACUCAAUUUUGUUCGACAUACUAAUGUCUUAUGCUGCAAGACCAAUGCAGCUGGCUUCCUACUUUUGCAGUGGAGAUUCAAAGGAUGCAAGUGAUCUUUCGCACUAUGCUCUGGCUGUUCCUCUAUUCACACACUUCACUUCUCCUUUGAGACGAUAUCCUGAUAUUGUGGUGCACCGUACAUUGGCUGCUGCUUUAGAAGCUGAAGAUGCUUGCUUGAAAUGUAGAAGAACACCACAUAGCCCAACCGAGGAGGUAGCCUUAACCAGAUGCUUCUCUGGUUUGUGCUUCGUGGAAGAUGUAGCAAAAUCUACCCAAGCCCAAGAAGCAUUGUCGGCUGCUGCAUCAAAGUAUAGAGUUCCGUGCACAGAAACUCUCGCUGAUGUGGCAGCACAUUGUAAUGAGAAGAAGUUGGCCGCUAGGCAUGUGAAGGAUGCAAUAGAUAAACUCUACAUGUGGGUGUUGCUUAAAAAGAACAAGAUACUGUGUUCAGAGGCCCGAGUUUUGGGUCUUGGACCUCGGUUCAUGUCUGUAUACAUUCCCAAGCUAGCUAUUGAGCGACGGAUAUACUAUGAUGAAGUGGAAGGCUUGAUAGUGCAGUGGCUCGAAGCAACAUCAACGUUGGUGUUGUCCCAAUCUUCACAUAAGCGGCUGGGCCGGAGAAGUAGCCCGGGUAAAUGUAAGACACUUGAGGAAGCUGUCCUGAUUGUUAAUCCAGCAGAUCCUAAUCUGGAAUCAAAAUCAUCCCAAGAUUUUGAGGGAGGUGAAGGCGAGCCCAAAACAUGUGGGGAUGAACCUGCUUUUUUCCCUCUCACUAUUCAUCUUCUUUCAACAAUUCCUGUGGCGCUUCAUGCUGUUGGUGGGGAUGACGGGCCACUCGACAUUGUCGCUAGGUUGUAUGUCAGUUCGUACUUCCACCAACUGUAAGGUUGAUGAACUUAUCUACAACAGUGAGAUGUUUAACAGUCGAAGGAGUUGAAGAAAUGGUCUCUUAAAUGCAUGGUUGUUUUGUCGGUAAGGAUAAUGUACAGGUAGGCGGGGACAACAGACACAGUCCACAAGGAAUUAACAUAAGUCGUAUAGCCAUGUCUAAUUGCUGUUUCUUUUUGGGAGGGAGGGUGGGUCUGUUUUUGUUGGCCACCUUCAUCCCAUCCUGGUUUGAUGACUUAUCUUACUUAAUUAGCCUUUAUUGUCCCUACUGAAUCGAUCUUUUUAUCGGGUGGAGAAUAAGGCAUUCUAUUUA